AUGGCUUCUCAAAAUCCAGAUGUGCUUCUUUCUAAAGUAGUAAAUGUGAUCAGGGCUGCUUCUUCGUUAGCCGGUCAAGAUGUGGACUUUUACAAAAAUCUAGACAGGGAGUUUGGUAAAGUUUUGAAAUCAAAGUCGGAUAAGCUUGCGGAUAUGGCAAAUGAAAUCAUACUUUCUAUUGAUGAGCAUCACGAAUCGUUUGAACUCAAAGAUGAAGAUAUUUCUGGAUUGUGGAAUGACUUUGGAAAUAUAAUGGAUAACCUGUUAGAAAUGUCAGACCAUUCGUUGGAUAAGCUAAAUCGUGCAGUGACCUCAAAGCCUAACGGUGCUGAUCUUCAGUAUUUAGGCGACUUUUCAGAAAAGAACUUGUCUCCUGCGAAAAGAGUCGAAAAACCUCAGUUAAAGUUCAAAACUCCAAUUGAUAACAGUGAAAGUCAUCCGUUCAUACCUUUGCUUAAGGAAAAGCCAAAUGCAUUGAAGCCUCUUUCUGACAGUUUGAGGUUGAUUGAAGAGGAUGAUAAUACUCCCAGUCAUUACCCCCACCCUUAUGAGUAUGAAAUUGACCAUCAAGAGUAUGGCUCAAACAUUCUUCAGAUAAGGAAGGAGAUUCCCUCUAAAUCUUGGAAUGAUUCAGAACCAAUUUGGAUAGACACAAUGCCAAAACUUGAGUCAAUGUUGGAGGAACUGAAAAAUGUACAAGAGAUUGCUGUUGACCUUGAGCAUCAUGAUUAUAGGUCAUACUAUGGUAUCGUUUGCCUUAUGCAAAUUAGCACAAGGGAAAAAGACUAUUUAGUUGAUACUCUAGAGCUUCGUGAAACCUUACAUAUUCUAAAUGAAGUUUUUACGGACCCGUCAAUUGUAAAAGUUUUUCACGGUGCCUUCAUGGAUAUUAUUUGGCUGCAACGAGAUUUAGGCUUAUAUGUUGUUGGUCUGUUUGAUACUUACCAUGCAUCCAAAGCGAUCGGACUUCCCAGACAUAGUCUUGCCUACCUGUUAGAGAAUUUUGCUAAUUUCAAAACUUCAAAAAAAUAUCAGCUGGCUGAUUGGCGUAUAAGACCACUUUCUAAACCCAUGAUCGCCUAUGCCAGAGCAGAUACGCAUUUUUUACUGAAUAUAUAUGACCAGUUGAGAAACAAGCUUAUUGAGUCAAACAAGUUAGCUGGUGUCCUUUAUGAAUCAAGAAAUGUUGCCAAAAGACGGUUUGAAUAUUCAAAGUAUAGACCACGGAUACCUUCUUCUGAAGUUUAUUCUCCAAUCGAAAAGGAGGCUCCAUGGAGAGUAUUGAUGUAUCAGUACAACAUAACGUCUGAGAAGGAAGAGUUAGUGAAAGACUUAUAUCAGUGGAGAGAUGUUAUAGCAAGAAGGGAUGAUGAAUCACCAAGAUUUGUUAUGCCAAACCAGUUAUUAGCUGCACUUGUCGCAUAUACACCUAUUGACGUCAUAGGUGUUAUUUCAUUGACAAAUGGCAUAACUGAGCAUGUUCGCCAAAAUGCGAAAGUACUAGUUAAUUUGAUAAAAAAUUCGCUUAGACACAUCAAGGACACCUACAAAGAAGAUAGUCCAGUAACAUUUUCUGAAUCCAUGACAAACGAAGUUUCCUUAGAAGCUAUAACUAUUCCUCAAAUUCGUGAUAUUAUGGAAAGGUUUUCAGUGUUAUCCAACAGUAACGUUUCCAACUGUCGAGCCAAGAAUGGUGCUACUCCUUCCAUCCUCUUAGGUAGGAUUUUACCGUUAGAAGAAAACGAUAUUGCAUAUAAAAAUAAUGGUUUGCCAAAUAGAGUGAAGUUUGAAGAUAUUAGGGCUCGAGCUCAAAGUUUCAAUUCCGCCUUAUCAAACUUGGAGGACUGCAUGUUAGAAGUAGAGAAACCUCACAUUCUACCUACCAAUGUGAAGAAGAUUGAGAGGAUAAAUACGGAAGACGUACCUAAGCAUUCAGCUACAAUCGAAAAUCCUGACGAUAUCGUUGUCUUGAAGAAGAAAAAUAUCCAUAGAACACAGUCCAUGAAUGCGAAAGAUACAAUGGGGGAAAAAGCCAUAGAUUAUUCUAAAAUUCCGAAUGUUCUAUCUAGUAAGUCAGACCAAAAUAGAAGGCAACAGAAAAAGAGAAGGUCUGAUCCAUUGUUUAACGAUAGUGAUGGACCGAGAGCAGCUAAAAAGAAGAGGCCUGCCACCAGAGGUAGAAAUGUGUCUUUCAAAAGGUGA